AUGCGCAGGCGAUCAGGAAGAGCCUCGUGGUUGCCGCUUCACAAGAUCAUCAUGGUGGGCAGUGGUGGCGUCGGCAAGUCUGCUCUGACCCUUCAGUACAUGUACAAGGAGUUCAUCUCGGAUUACGAGCCCACCAAGGCCGACAGCUACCGAACCACGGUCACAGUGGAGGGCGUUGAGUCCUCGGUGGACAUUCUCGACACUGCCGGUCAGGAGGACUACGCGGCCAUUCGCGACAACUACUUCCGCUCCGGAGAGGGCUUCAUGUGCGUCUUCUCCAUAACCGAGUACGAGAGCUUCUCUGCCAUUUCGGAUUUUCACGAGCAAAUCCUCCGCGUCAAGGGCGACGAUACGAUUCCGAUGAUCCUGGUGGGAAACAAGGCCGACCUCACUUCAGCUCGUCGUGUGAAGGUUGAAGAGGCCGAACAGCUGGCCGCCUCGUGGAACAUUCCCUACAAGGAGACUUCCGCCAAGACGUAUCUAAACGUGGACGAGGCCUUCUUUGCCCUCCUGGAGGCCAUUCACAACCGCAAGAAGACGAUGCAGGAGGCUCAGGGCACAAAGGGCAAGAAGAGCAAGAAGAAGAAGAAGCGUUGUUUCAUUUUGUAA